AGGACGUCUUGCGGCUCGCGAUCGCGACUCUACCGGACUGUUUCGACUCGAACUUUGAGAAAUCUUAAUGUAACCGAUCAUGGGGACUUACACCCUACUCGGGACAGUUACAACUGUGCUCUGUGUAUGUGAAGUUCCUCGUAUGUGCUGAAGGGUUAAUGAUGUCCGCGGUGGAGCCUAAGCUCAAAUGAGGCGAUUAAGCUUUGAAGAUGAACAGGCCGGGCUACGAUUACACCGUGCCUGCAUCCACCACAUAUUACGCGAGCAAUAGCCGGCCUCCGCAGUACGAGCGCGGCUACGGGCAACUCACGGCCGGGCCCGUUUACAGCCCUUCCUCGCACCCCCUGUCCAAUUACGCCGAUGUGUACGAGGGCAAUAAUGACACCACGCUCCGCGCGGAGGAACGGCACUGGUACCUAGAGAACCACAAAAAUGUGCAACCAACUUACGAGGUCAACCACGACGUUAUAUCUCAAGAUGCCAAAAUUAAAAAAGAGGAGGAGAAGAAAAGUGAAGUGCCGGUGCGGAGGGCAGAGUCGACGCAGGCCCGGCAGAGGAGGAAAGAGGACCGAUGCUCCUGCGAGUGCUGGCCUACCACAGAUAACACGGCUGCGCAGGAUAGUACAGGGAAUGAAACGUCGAGAUCGCUUUCGGGGGUUGAUAUGGUGGCCUCGUAUGGCGUGUAUGGGAAUCCUCAAGAUGACGAUAGUUCGGGAUUUGCUAGGUUAUCUGAAAAGAGUGCUAUGUACGGACAAGGGAGCGAGGCUCCAGUGCAGGGUGUUAUAGUCAAUCAGCAGGGGAACAGUGCCGUGGUGCGUGCUGCGAGCGCGUCUGAGGGCGGCUGCAGCAGGUGUUGCGGGCUGACUCCAAGCGCCCCUGCCGCUAACUCCGAGGACUACUGCUGGAUCCACUACUGCAGACCUGCCCUGAUUGUUUUGCUGCUGCUGUUUUUUCUAGUCUUGUUGGGCGUUUCAACAGGGUUCUUAUUGACAAAUAAUUAUUACCUUUUUUCUGCCCUCUUUCUGGAUGAGACCGGCGAAGUUGAUGCAACUUGA